CGGCCCCCGCUACAAGUCAGCCGAGCGACAAUCAGCUCAGGUCGCAAGAGUGACCCAGGCCUAGGUCCGCCGCCUCGCCGACGCUAUCGUCGACGCCCUCGUCGACGACCUCGCAUCCGCAUUAUCUCAUGUAUGAUGAGGACGGGGCUGCGGCGGACCAAAAGAUGGAAGUCGACGAGCGAGGUGUUAUCGAGACAAGUAGCAUGGUGAAUCCCGAACAAAUGGUAGCAGCUACUGCCGGUGGGAUUGGCGUAGGAGUCGGUGUAGGGGGACCAGGUACAACCAGUGGAAGUGGUACUGGAUUGACUGGUUACUGGCAACAUGCGACUACCGCCACCGGCUACUGGCCAUCGUUGUUCGACUGUUGGACGACACCAUCGAUCGCAUCCGGUUCACAGACGCUGUCUUUGCCGCGGGAUGACGAUUGAGGCCAGUAGAAUUUUAUCGACUACUCAUGCGUUGUCUGUACUUGGCGCUGUCCUGCUUCUCCCAAUUUGUCGCGAAAUCUCGUUUUGUUUCAUUAAACAUUGAAUGUUUGAUUUAAACGAAAAUGGCUCAGAGAUAUCACAUUUAUAUUUCCGCCGAAAAACGCAAAAACGAUUUCAUUGUAGUUAAUUAAAAAUAUAUAGUAAUGACUUGUUCCCAUGCCUUUAUAAAAUUCGUAAGUAUCGAAUGCGAAGUCACUUAUCGAAUGUAUUAAUUAAUACAUGAUUGAAAUUGAACGAUGCGAUGCAAAUUUCGUCACAGAAUUGGAAAUAUUUUAUUUGCGACUCUUAAGUUUCUCUGUUGACAACUAAUUAUAAUCUUCUAUUUCGAGAUCUUCGUGAAAAUUGACGAUAAAGCAAAAGGGUAAAGAACCAGUGUCUAUCACUAUAGAAGAAUUGACAGAACUUACAGUUGAAAAUAUUUGAUUACGUUGUAAAUACAAGUAUUAUGCGAGUAAUCGGCUACAUUGGAUGCGAUCGGCAAACUACAAGUUCGGCUAGUCGGUGAACUCACAUAUUCCUCAAGACAGAUAAAAAUUAAUGGAGUACAAAUGUUAAACUUCCGCCGCGAUGAAAAGUAUAUUUAAUCCCCCUUCCUUAUUUUUAUUUUAAUAUUUUUAAUUGAACACGAUAUAUUUAUUAUUCGAAUACGAUGCUAAAUAUACAUUGCGAUAAAGCAACGAAAUAGUAUUACGUUGAAAAAAACGAGAAAAAGCUUUCUCUGAAAGAAUCAUAUAGCGUAAAUAUGCUAAUUGUACGCUGCAUGCUUUAAUAAUUUUUUUCAUAUGUAAAAUGUGGGGAACGGGGAUUAAUUUUUAAGAACAACGGCGCUAACAAAGAUCUCUCGCGGAUCACGUACUCACUAUUUUGUAGAUAUAUGUAUAGUAGAACGCCGGCUCUUUAUGCCGAGCGUAACUGUAUACCAAAAAAUUGUUACAUUGUAAUGACGAUAAUAACGAUUAUUCAGCAGAAUACUAAAAUAUUAUAGGCUGUAAGUAAGCGGAUUGUGCGUUGUACAGUGUAUGGAGCAAGGAGCAUCCUAUCGAUUAGGCGUACAUUAUAAAUCUGAAUUAGUAUUGUCGAAUAAUUACUAAAACAAUAUUCACAGUAUCCUCGCGCGGCGCGUGCAAUUGGAUUUUUCAAGUCCGUCGAUUCCUCUUCCUCUUCGUACUCUCAUCGUUCCAACGACAGUGUUUAACUUAUACGUAUAUACCCUUGAUUGUGUAACUAGAGAGGCGUUAACGUAAUCAACGAAAAUGUCCUAUUUUUAUAAGUAGCUUAUUAUUUGAUAGACCACGCGUUGUGAGACAACAAAACCAAAGUUAAACCCAAAAAAUAUCACGUAUGUAUAGUAAUUAUGCCGCGCGUUGAAGCCACAGAGAUAAUUGUAUAAAUUAUUACACAUAACGGGGGAGUGUGGUGGUGCGUCGGGAGAUUUUGACGGGAUGAAACGACGACGAGACACGGCGCGAAUCGAUCGGCUUCGGAAAAGUCGACAUGCGAGCGGCCGAUCGCCAUAGAGCUCGAGGUAUAGUCACGUAAGAUAGGCGUAAGAAACGACCGCUAUUUUGUAUGAAUCCCAAUGUCGUACAAAUGUUCGUCGUAAUCACAUAUCCCAGUCCCUGCGGUGAGUGAUUCGUAACGUCACGCAGAAUGUUCUUCAUUCCCGUUUGUCACCUCACUCGCUACGUGUAAACGUUCCUACUGGGCGAUAUUGAGCGCCGUAAAAGGCCCCGUUUGUAAUCUAGUCACAAUA